UCCAGCUCCGGGCUCUUCUCCGCUCCACUCUGCCUCCGGCUCUGCGCUCACCUACUGCCCAAGCCGCCCGCUCCUGCCCCAGGAUCCCCAGGUGGGCCCUAGACCGCGGCGGUCCCCAGGCUCUUAGCCCAAGCGCUGACUCUCCAGCCCCCAACCCCCGGCAGCGCACUACGCCGCCAGGGGGCGCCGUGUGAGUUCUCUAUCCCAGGCACCCGGCGCCCCCUCCCACGGCCCACGUUGGGACGGGAGGGGGGCGCCGGGGGCCAUGCGGGGCCAGGGCCGUAAGGAGAGUUUGUCCGAUUCCCGAGACCUGGACGGAUCCUAUGACCAGCUCACGGGCCACCCUCCAGGGCCCACUAAAAAAGCGCUGAAGCAGCGGUUCCUCAAGCUGCUGCCUUGCUGCGGGCCCCAAGCCCUGCCCUCAGUCAGUGAAACAUUAGCCGCCCCAGCCUCCCUCCGCCCCCACAGACCCCGCCCGCUGGACCCAGACAGCGUGGAGGAUGAGUUUGAACUGUCCACCGUGUGUCACCGGCCUGAGGGUCUGGAGCAGCUGCAGGAGCAAACCAAGUUCACGCGCAAGGAGCUGCAGGUCCUGUACCGGGGUUUCAAAAACGAAUGUCCCAGCGGAAUUGUCAAUGAGGAGAACUUCAAGCAGAUUUACUCCCAGUUCUUUCCUCAAGGAGACUCCAGCACAUAUGCCACUUUUCUCUUCAAUGCCUUUGACACCAACCAUGAUGGCUCAGUCAGUUUUGAGGACUUUGUGGCUGGUUUGUCAGUGAUUCUUCGGGGAACCACAGAUGACAGGCUGAACUGGGCCUUCAACCUGUAUGACCUCAACAAGGAUGGCUGCAUCACCAAGGAGGAAAUGCUUGAUAUCAUGAAGUCCAUCUAUGACAUGAUGGGCAAGUAUACGCAUCCUGCACUCCGAGAGGAGGCCCCAAGGGAACACGUGGAGAGCUUCUUCCAGAAGAUGGACAGGAACAAAGAUGGCGUGGUGACUAUUGAGGAAUUCAUUGAAUCUUGUCAAAAGGUACAGGGCCCUGCCCUCUACAUUUCCCUGGUCUGGACUCAGGGCCUGAUUCAAUGAUGUAAGAGAAGGCUCCUUUGGGCAGAGUACUAUUUCCCUAACUCACCGCCACCUCUGAAUCUUUUCCUUCAUAACUUGGGGAGGCCUGUCCCUUCCCCACCCCUCUGGGUGUCUCCUUCCUCACUGCCUCUCUCUGUCUCUGAACGUCCCCAUUUCUGAGUCAGUGUCUUUCUCCCUGUCUCUGAUAAGCUCUUUUUCUUUUUCUCCAAUCUGCCUCUCUCCCACCAUGGCUACAGGACGAGAACAUCAUGAGGUCCAUGCAGCUCUUUGACAAUGUCAUCUAGCUCCCCAGGAGAGGGGGACAGUUGUCCUGGGGGGACCAUGCUGUAGCCCUAGUCCAGGUGGACCUCACCCUUCUCUUCCCAGCUCUGUCUUCAUCCUAGCUCUACCCUGGGGGCUAUAGGAAUCCAAGAGCCUGGGGAUUUAGUGGUCCAGAUUGCUGGAGCUGAGGGAGCUAUAGAGUGGGCAGAGUGUAUCUGUGGGGUGUUCCCAACUCCCAACAGCUCCCCCUUCCUGCCUGAAACUUAGUGGUGAGGGUGCCCCUGCUAUAGGAAUUGAGUGGUCCUCCCCCGUAUACCCCCACUUGAGAAACCACAAUGCUAGACAAAAUGUUUCCUGCUAUGGUGCUUCCCCCAUCCCUGAUCUCAUAACCAUUUCCCCUAAGACUCCCUUAUCUGAAAGGCUGUUCUGUCCUUGGCACUGACUGGCCUUUCAGACCAGGGCCUUUGAGAGCCCUGUAGGAGGUGGACAAAAAUGUAGAGGGAGUAAUCUUGGGCCUGAGCCAGUGCUUGGGUCCUAGGAGGUAGCUGGGGUAGAGAACAGAAGGGCCUGGGGAUUGUCAGUGAGAGCAUGCUAGGCUAUACCUUUGAGCUCUACAGGUCUGCCAUUCCAAGCUGUCAGACUAUGAAUUUCCAGCCUCUUCAGAAGACCUUGUUUCCUUGGAAAUACCCCAGAAAAUUUCCAAGUAUCCCAGGAGAGUCUGGGAUCCUGGUGUUUGGCUCAUCCCUGGAAUUCCCUCCUCUCCUCCCUUCCUGUUUGUGUAGUGGUGGUGGCAGCAGGGGGAAGAUAGGUGGGAGCUGUCUUGGCUGAUACCUGCCAAAGUUUCAGCCUACCCUCUCUGAUGGCUACAACUUAAGUUUUCAUUUGCCAUUUCCUCUAGACUUGGAGGCACAGAGUAAGUCAGGGACCACACAGUGGACGCCUUAGAAGAAAAAGGAAGGAAGGAGGCAGGCGUAGAUUUGAACCCAGUGUGGGGGCAUUUAUUAGACUUUGUGGUAUACUCAGGCUCUAUUCCUGCCCCCCGGCAUAGCCUCCUAAUUGCCCACCCAGAGUCUCCUCUUGCUCUAUUCAAUCUACCCAGAGAUGCCCCUGAGCACACCUUGAAGGCAGGGACCAUAGGACCCAGGUCCCACCUCACUGUCAGCACCCCUGCCGUGCCGCCACCCCUUAAUAUAUCUGCUUGUCCCAUUUAGCUCACUCUCCCAGUCAUCUGUGAUCUGAGGGGGAGGGUCCGCAAGGAGCCCCCUUUCGUAUCAGAACACUGUUGACUGCUUUGCAUUUUUGGUUCCUCUGUAAUUUUUGUAAAAUAAGAAGUACACCAGAUCCAAUAAAACACAAUGGCUAUGCA